AUGGAAAAUCAUUCGACCAGAAAAGGGGCCUUUUGCUCACCGGGGGAGCUCAACUGCACAAGGGUUUUUAAGGAGCACCUCUCAACCUCCAGGAACUAUAAACUUGAUCAUGUGCUCGGCCACGGGCCAACCCACCGGCCCUUCCACCCGGUGCCACCGCAUCCCUUCCCCACCGUGGAUGUUCCUGACCACGCGCACUACAUCAUCGGCUCGGUCAUCCUCAUGGUGUGCAACAUGGGCGUGCUGGGUAAUGCUCUGGUCAUCUAUGUCUUCUGUCGCAGCCGCACCCUCCAUACACCGGGCAACCUGUUUGUGGUCAACCUGGCCGUGGCUGACUUCCUCAUGUCGCUUACCCAGUCCCCCGUCUUCUUUGUGGCCUCGCUGCACCGCCGCUGGGUGUUUGGCGAGCGCGCCUGUGAGCUCUACGCGUUCUGUGGCGCCCUCUUCGGCAUGUGCUCCAUGAUGACGCUGACAGCCAUCGCCGUUGACCGCUGCCUGGCCAUCAUCCGAUCGCUGGCCUCGCUGGCCAGCAUGAGCCGGCGGCGGGCCAUAGUCAUGUUGAUAGCCUGUUGGGUCUGGAGCCUGGGGUGGAGCCUGCCGCCGUUCUUUGGCUGGAGCGCCUAUGUGCCCGAGGUCCUGCAGACGUCAUACAGCUGGGACUACACCACCUUCAACCCAUCGGUGCGUGCCUACACCAUCAUCCUCAUCACCUUCGUCUUCUUCAUCCCACUGGGGGUGAUUGGCGGCUGCUACAUAGCCAUCUUCCGCACCAUCUGCCGGGCAGGCCGAGAUGUGCGGUGGCUGGACUGCGGCAAGAAGUACAAGGUGUACGAGCGGCUUCGCGGUGAGUGGCGCAUGUCCAAAGUGGCACUGGUGGUCAUCCUACUCUUCGUCGUGUCUUGGUCACCCUACUCACUGGUGGCGCUGGUCGCCAUGGCAGGCUAUGCCCACCUGCUGACGCCCUACAUGAACUCAGUGCCCGCCGUCAUCACCAAGGCCUCGGCCAUCCACAACCCCAUCAUCUACGCCAUCACGCACCCCAAGUACCGCAUUGCAAUCGCCAGCUACGUGCCCAUGCUAUGCUCGCUGCUGCGUGUGGGUGACAAGGACCUGCUUUCAUCCUUCAGCUCCAUCAGUGGUGCUUCCCUUGGCUCUCGAUGGCCCACCUUCACCAGACAGUGCUCCCUAGCCAUGGGUGUGGGUGCGGGAACGGGCAUGGUUGUUGCGGCAUGUGCCAACGAACACUGGGGCAAGAGCCGCCUCUCGUCGGCCUCCGACACUGACUCGUGCUGGAUGGAGAGCAAGGCCGACAGCUCCAGCGUUAACUCACUGCCUAUCUCCACGGAGAUCUCCACAGAUACGGCCAUCGCCAAUCAGCAGUCAGCAGGCGUGGUCGCCGGGCAGAAAGUGAGAGUGUUGUCUGACAGCCUCAGGGUUAGCAGCAUUUCAAGCACCUUAAUGGUGUUUGCAGGAGAUGUGCCCGAUGCAGGCCCAUCUGAUGGUAAAGAUCUCCUGCUCCCUGGCAACUGAAUUUAGGCUCUUUUUCAAUCUGAUGGUAAAGAUUAGGGGUGUGCCGACAUGGCCAUACUCGUAUUAGUAAUCGUUUAUGCCUAAAUAGAUGUUGACAAAAUAUCUCCCUGCACAUUCAUAGACCAUACAAGCGUCAGACUAUGAGCUGCAGAGGAGUGUGUCUGUGUUUGACCUGUGUCUGUCUUCAAUUUGCAGCGGGCAGAUAAGUUUGCUAUCAGUCAGAAUUCUCGUCGACGUUUCAUAUUUUUCAAUAUUGUCGCCCCAACUUGUUAGAUAUUAUGCACAUUGAUAGAUUGAUAGCAAACGUCCUUAGCAUUUAAUUUAUCAUAGUAGCAGGCUAACAGGAGGCAGCAGCAGACCGAAAAAAUAGAAGUGAAAGUGAUCGGGUGAAAUUCUGAAGCGAGUGGACAGAGAAAUACAGCUUCACUCUAUCCAAUCAGAGUAGCAGGAUCAAAGUACAACCCGCCCUUCCCUUGAUAGACAGGCAAACUAGCCAGUUGAGUUAUUUAGACCAUGUAGCACUUCUUUUGACUCAUUGACAUGAAAAAUAUCCGUCCCGACGCCCGAAAAUGUUUUUUUUUCCCGAUCAUGGUUAAUUACAAAAAAUACUCGGCUCAUAAUCGUUUCCAGAAAAUUGCCCAUAUUCGUUACGAUACUCGUUUUGUCCGACUACUCGGUACACUCCUGCUCCGUGUUAACUGAUCAUCGGCUCGUUUUCAAUCUGAUGGUAAAGAUGUCCUGCUUCCUGGUAACUGAAUUUAGGCUCUUUUUCAAUUGUCUAACAAGUUUAUCUUCUCCUCACCUCCUCUCAUUGUAUUGAUCUGAAAGAACUGUUUCGGAUAAAAGCCAGACAAUGAGGAUCUUCCAGUAUAUUGUUUUCCCCUGUCAAGUCUUUCCCAAAUCAAGGGAAGGGAAUGAGGAGGGGGCAGAUCACGUGGCCAGGUGAGCCUUUGUUCUUAUUCACUCACCUGCCCACGUGCAGGCUCUAACCUGAAGAAAUGUUUACUGAGAUUCAUACAUGCUGAUUUUCAAGCAUUUUCAAGUUUUGACCCAGCUAGUUGGGUUGAGUGAAUAGUAUAAUAAUCUGUAUAGCACAUUUUUUCAUAGGCUGUGUAGUUAUUCUUAAGGCCGAGGUAAAUAAACCGCAAUCCCACAUCAUUGUCACUUAGCCCCAUACUAUAUACAAUAUAGCAUUUGCAUUAUGUAUUGUGUAGAUAUAUAUAUAUAUAUAUAUUGCUUGUUUAUUGCCUGUUUUUAAUAUGUCACUUUUAGGCAUUUGUAAAGCUGCUGUCUUGGCAAGGUCUCCAUUGAAAGAGAGUAUUCCUCUCAAGGGACUUCCUGAUUUAAAUAAAGGUUAAAUAAAUAAAUACUAUAUUUUACCACAGGUUUAACUAAAUUAUUCUGUAUUUCUUAUAGGCCCAUGGACUGUAUUUCAAAUAUAACAAACAUCCAGAAUGAUUAUUGUGAAAUAAAUUGUAUUUUUAGGUGUUUUCUUAACAAUUUGCAUAUUUUAUCAUUGCUAGUUUUGUCAUUAAACUCAAGCCUAAAUUCUAUGGUGUAAAGUACUUAAGUAAAAAUACUUUAACUACUUAAGUCGUACUACUUAAGUCGUUUUUUGGGAGGUAUCUGUACUUUACUAUUUUUAUUUUUGACAAUUUGUACUUUUACUUCACUACAUUCCUAAACAAAAUAAUAUACUUUUUACUCCAUACAUUUUCCCUGACACCCAAAAGUCCUCCUUACAUUUUGAAUGCUUAGCAGAACAUCCCUGGUCAUCUUUACUGCCUCUGAUCUGGGGACUCACUAAACACACGUGCUUCAUUUGUAAAUUGGAAUGCGCCCCUGGCUAUCAAUACAUGAAAAAAUAUAUAUAAUAAUAAUAAUAAUAAUUGUGCCAUCUGGUUUGCUUAAUAAUAUUUAUUUUAAAUUAUUUAUACUUUUGAUACUUAAGUAUAUUUUAGCAAUUACAUUUACUUUUGAUAUUUAAGUAUAUUUAAAGCAAAUAUGGCUGUGCCAGAAGGCGUAGAUGACCAGAGCGUUACCCAUGAUGCACAACAUGAGGAUGACGGAGCCGGUGAUUUAGAGCGCAUGUCAAAUGUAUAUUUUUUUCUGUAAUUGUGUGGUGAACAUUAGACUGCUAUAAAAUGUUUUCAAUCUAAAUAUUUAUUGAAAAAGUAUGUGUUCUUUUAAAUAUGUUUAGUUUUAUUUCAAUGGUAGUUUUCAGAAAGCUAUUUCAA